GUUGAAUGAGUUCCUGUUACUUUGGCGGAUAACCAAGAUAUUACAGAAGUUAUUUCAGUGUGUCCGUCACUGGGUAAAAUGUGGUAUAUUCAACGACGACUUACCUACAGAUGAAGACAGUCGGCGACUGUGAAAAGCCUUUCGAAGAAGAAGUUCACCGACACAUCUGUUUUACCGAUGUUGUUGUUGUUGCAGUACCGGUAGUUGCAUGAAACGAAAGAAUCAUGGAGAGUCGAGAGCAGAGGAUUGUCUCCAUGGUCAUAGAUGAGUAUGAUGUGAUAGAGGACCCGCCAUACAGUCAGCCAAUCCCUGGGGUUUCGACAGUCAACGAAGAUGUUGUCCAGCAUCCAGCUGGUGAGCAGCCCGCAGGUGAGCCAUCAUUGGGCAAACAAUCAGUGGGCAAAAAAUCAGUAGGUGAGCAGUCAGUGAUCAAGCAGUCAGUAGGUGAGCGGGCAAUUGACAAACAGUCUGUGGGUGAGCAGUCAGUGAGCAAACAAGCAGUGUGUGAGCAGGCAGUGAGCAAACAGCCAGCUGGAGGGAUUGGUGAGCAGUCACUGGGUGAGCAACAAGAGAAGUCCAUUGAGGAUAAAACUGAUUCUGGUCCUGACCCUUCAGUGGUCAACGUCAGUAAGGUUAAAUCUGGCCAGCUUGGACACAACCAGAACCCCCACCCCCAGGUAAAGGACCAAGAUGGGGUGAAGUCCACAAGCAGGACGCCCCAAGAGGAAGAUGGCACCAUGUAUGAGCUGCUAUGCCCGAGGGUUAACUGCCCAGAGAAAAUCGUAAUAUGCUUAGAUUUCAGUUCAGAGAUGGAUAAACCAAUGUUUCGAACCAGAGCAGGUGAUAAAUUCGCUCCCUUGAAGCUGGUGAAGCGAGCCUUGGGGUUUUAUGUACACAGCAAGCAUCGCAUGGACUCGCGUCAUGAGUUUGCCCUGAUUUUACUGCAGGACUCGGCUAUCUGGGUGAAGGAUUUCACCAAUGAUCCUCGCGAGCUGGUGAAUUUGCUUGAGGAUCUUGAGGAUACAGGAGGAUGUGAGAGCUGUGAUCUGUCCACUGUCUUUCAGUCAAUAUACGAGAGAGUGGUAAUGCCGACUGUAGAGGGUGACCCCCUAGUGCUGCCCCCUCCCUACAUAGUUCGCCUGCUCAUGAUUUAUGGCCGGUCCCACUGCACAUUGGAGAUUCCACAUAAAGAGGCUCAAAGGGCUCUGUUUUCUUCCCCAUACUUUUUUGUUGACGCUUUCUACAUCCAUGAAGCCUCCAGCGAAGAAAAUAAGUGUGAGGAGAUAUUUGAUAGUCUGUGUGACUUGGACUACAAGGGCUUCUCCUAUAUAUUUGAAGCCUCAAGAAAUCCUACAAAAAUCUAUGAUUUCAUGGCUCAACUGUUAGCCCAUCCAUUACAACGGCCUGGCCAGAAAGAUACCGCCUACAAACUUAGACCCAGGAUUCCUGCAGAACAGUGAACGUGUGGAUAUCCUGUGGCCUCAGCUGUUAGCCCAUCCGUUAAAAUGGCCUGGCCAGAAAGAUACCGCCUACAGACUUAGACCCAGGAUUCCUGCAAAACAAUGAACAUGUGGAUAUCCUGUGGCCUUAGCUGUUAGCCCAUCCAUUACAAUGGCCUGGCCAGAAAGAUACCGCCUACAAACUUAGACCCAGGAUUCCUGCAGAACAAUGAACAUGUGGAUAUCCUGUGGCCUCGGCUGUUAGCCCAUCCAUUAAAAUGGCCUGGCCAGAAAGAUACCGCCUACAGACUUAGACCCAGGAUUCCUGCAGAACAAUGAACAUGUGGAUAUCCUGUGGCCUCAGCUGUUAGCCCAUCCAUUACAACAGCCUGGCCAGAAAGAUACCGCCUACAGACUUAGACCCAGGAUUCCUGCAGAACAGUGAACAUGUGGAUAUUCUGUGGCCUCAGCUGUUAGCCCAUCCAUUACAAUGGCCUGGCCAGAAAGAUACCGCCUACAGACUUAGACCCAGGAUUCCUGCAGAACAAUGAACAUGUGGAUAUUCUGUGGCCUCAGCUGUUAGUCCAUCCAUUACAACGGCCUGGCCAGAAAGAUACCGCCUACAUACUUAGACCCAGGAUUCCUGCAGAACAGUGAACAUGUGGAUAUUCUGUGGCCUCAGCUGUUAGCCCAUCCAUUACAAUGGCCUGGCCAGAAAGAUACCGCCUACAUACUUAGACCCACAAUCCCCUGCAGAGCAGUGAGCAAGUAAAUGUCCUGUAACUUGGCCAGAAUAGUGGACAUGUGGCAUUCUGUGACCCCUCACAGAUCAGUGAACAUGUGUAUGUCCCGUAACCCCCCACAGAAUAGUGAACAUGUGGAUAUCCUGUGACCCCAAUAUAACAGCAAACAUGUGGAUAUCCUGUGAUAUCAAGUGGAUUUUCCCUGACCUCUACAGAACAUGGAACAAAUUGAUGAAUAUGACUGCCAGACUGAAUAUCCUAUAUGUAUAUCAGGAUUCCCAUUCACCAGUGAAUAUGAAGGUGUCCCAAUAUGCCAGAGAUACAUGGCUUAGUCAUUAAACACAGAAUUCCGAGAUCAUUGGGCUGACAUACAUGUGCAGUCUGAAAUCCCCAUCAUCUUAUUUGCUGUAAAGCUGUAUUUACUGUGUUUGUUGGGAGAGCCACAAUUUUUGUUUAAACUUUAUUCAUCACCAAUGUCCAGUUUUAGUCUGUUUACUAGUUAAACAUAUUUAUCUUGUCUUCCUCACCUGUAUGAAAAAAAAAAAACGAAAACUACUACUUUAUAGGGUUUACAUGGAUCAGUCACUUGUGGAUAUCUGUCUGAAGUUAUAUCAUCUUUGUUGUCACCAUCAGUAACACUUCCAUGUACAAGAUAGGGGAUGUCAGGAAGCAUGUAUAAAUAUGUAUCAACCAUAGUAUUAUGUACCUAAUGGAGCAGGCUAUGGUAUAAUGGUCAAAGGUGCUCCCCUUUCAGUCGUGGAGAAACACAGUGCGCUGGUUCAAAUCCGGCCUUGGGCAGAAUUCGUUCAAGACCAUUUGUCUUUCACCAAUAUAUUGUGCAUACAUGUAUACAUGUAUGUACAUCACAUUGUUGGGAAAAGUUGUCAGUAACUUGCCAAAGGUCAUUGGUUUUCUCCAGUUUCCCCCACUCAUAAAACUGACCACAAUAGUACCUGUAUAAGUGAACAAUUCUUGAGUAUGGCGGUCAACAAAAAUCCAAUAAGUACAUGGUGAAACCUUGUAAAAAAAUUGUACCAUUUCUUGGAUGUACAGCAAUGUUGACUCAUGGGGAGAUGGCUUUUCGUGUGGUAGUUUGGAAGAUGUCAUAACCUUGACGCAUACAAAUAGCGGUAGGGGUGGAGGGAUGCAACACCCUGAGUUCAAGGUCUGACUAAAUUUUUGUUUUGAUGUAUGCUUAAGUUUCCUCUCAUACCACACCAUUUCAACUAGAUUUGCUGUCUCUGUUUGUCCCAUAGACUUUCAUGAAACUCUGUAUGCUGUCUGUCUGAUGAAUCACAUUGCCAUAUUAUAUUACAACACAGCUAUACGCAUUUCGAAAAAAAGGUUAAUAUUGAAUUUAUCAACAUUUUUGAAAGUGAGUCCUACUGGUUUCUUUCUUGCUGAGUAGUUUCUACAGUGCUGAAUACACAUGUAGAUUAUGUGAAACAACAAAACUGUUCUUAGCUAAUAGAAGUUUUUUCAAGGCUGGAAAAAGUUUUUUCAAAGCUGAACAAGGUUUCUCAAAAGCUGAAGGUUUCUGCAAGCUGUCAGAAAUUGCAUCAAAAGCUGGAAAAUGAUUCUCAGAAGCUCAGGAGUAUUCUGAGAAGCUUGAGGUUUAUCAAAAACUGAGUGAAGGUUUCUCAAAAGCUAAAGAAGGUAUCUUUAGAGGUGUUAGGUUUCAGUCCCUCACAGUGUUUCAGUACCCUUAGUGCUUUGUUCACUGUGCUUAGUCCACAUUCACUAUCAUACAGACAUUUAAAGGUCAAUGUUUUUGUUACUAAAAUGCAAAUAAUUUGUUGAGCAUUGUUGUGAAAUUUAUCUCUGUUAGCCAAUCAUA